AUGAGGUUAAUCAAUAAAGUGACCGGUUCACACAGUGGGGAAAGAGCCAUUUUGACUCUUCAACCUCAGGAUAAAGAAGAUUUAUUCACACUGUACAACAUUAUCAAUACUGAUGAUGAGAUCAUCUUUAAGAAGAAAGUCACAUCCAAGACAGAGGAAGGGGGUAAGAAGAAAGCGACACAGCUUGAAAAAUUGAGAAUCAAAGUCGUCUCUUCAGAGUUUGAGCCUCAACAUGAAUUUCUAAGGUAUAAAGGUGUCACUACGGAAGAUGAUUAUUCGAAUGCUAACCAGGAUUUGCCAGUGGGUAAAUUCUUCAGUUUCACCAUCGAUUUCUCUUACCCAUUCACAUUGAUCAAAGAUGAUUACAAUUCAUACGUGGAUAAUCUCGUAAAACAAGCUUGUAAUAUUGAGGGUCGUUCUGAUAUGGCAGCUGUUGUCUUACAAGAAGGUAUUUCCCACAUUUGCUUGAUCAAUUCAUUCUCUACGGUAUUAAAGCAUAAGAUCGAAUAUAGCAUUCCAAAGAAGAAGAGAGGUACAGAUAUAAUGAAGUUUGAUGACAAGGUAGAGAAAUUUUACAGAGCCACUUAUGCGUCCAUGGUUAGACAUUUCGAUUUUGACACACUGAAAUGCAUCAUAAUUUGUUCACCAGGGUUUUACGCAAAGACUUUAUAUGACAAGGUAAUGCAAUAUGCACAAGAAGAUCAGAAUAAAAAAAUCCUUGCAAAUACUGGCAAGUUUUUGGUCGCACAUUGCUCUACAGGAUACUUACAAGGUAUAGAUGAGGUAUUAAAGGAUCCGGCUUAUAAACAUAAGCUUGAAGAUGCAAAAAAUUCAAAGGAAGCCUUGGUAAUGGACGAUUUUUUGGAUCAUUUAAACAAAGAUGAUUUCAAAGCUUGGUAUGGUGAACAUGAGAUCACAAAAGCGGCUGAGCUUGCUGCUAUUGAUACUUUGUUAAUUUCAGAUUCAUGGAUGCGGUCAGAUGAUGUUAAUGUUAGGAAAAAAUCAUUAAAUCUUAUCAAUGAAGUGGAACAAACCGGUGGUAAAGCUUAUAUCUUCAGUUCACUACACAAUAUUGGCGAAGAGUUAGAUCGUCUAACCGGGCUCGCUUGUAUUUUGAAAUAUCCGGUUCCAGAUUUGGACGAAGAUAUUGAUGAGGAAGAAGAAUGA